CUGACAAGUCACAACGAUUUUCACACGAACAACAUUUUUUUUAUUUCACGCGAGUGCGCCCAUCCGACGUAGCGAUGGCUUUAAUAAAUUUUGAAUUAAGCGUGUGCGCUUUAUUAUUAUGCAUAUUAGUGUGUGCCAACACCCAGACUAUUCACAGACGUUUUGAAUAUAAAUUUUCUUUUAAACCGCCUUAUUUAGCUCAAAAAGACGGAUCUGUGCCAUUCUGGGAGUACGGUGGCAAUGCGAUCGCGUCAGGAGAGAGCGUCAGACUGGCGCCAUCACUUCGGAGCCAGAAGGGCGCAAUAUGGACCAAACAACCCAUCAACUUCGACUGGUGGGAGGUGGACAUCAUGUUCAAGAUCACCGGCAGAGGCAGGAUAGGUGCCGACGGGUUGGCGUUCUGGUACACGACCCAGCGCGGCGACUACACGGGCGAAGUGUUUGGCUCCUCGGACCGGUGGAACGGGCUCGCGGUCAUCUUCGACUCCUUCGACAACGACAACAAGCACAACAACCCGUACAUAAUGGCGGUGGUCAACGAUGGCACCAAGAUCUUCGACCAUAAGAGUGACGGCGCGACGCAGUUGUUGUCGGGCUGCCUGCGAGACUUCCGCAACAAGCCGUUCCCGACCCGAGCACGCAUCGAGUACUACAUGAACACGCUCACCGUCUACUUCCACAAUGGUAUGACAAGCAACGAAGCAGACUACGAGCUGUGUUUCCGCGCUGAGAACGUGGUGCUGCCGCGCGGCGGACACUUCGGGCUCUCGGCCGCGACCGGCGGGCUCGCGGACGACCACGACGUCAUACACCUGCUCACCACCUCGCUCUACUCCACGCAGCAGCAGUCAGGUGGUCAACAGAUCAGCUCGGACGAGCAGCAGAAGCUGUCUCAGGAGUACCAGGAGUACCAGAAGAAACUCGAGCAGCAGAAAGAGGAGUACAGAAAGGAGCAUCCGGAUGAGGUGCGCGACAAGGAAGGCGAUUUCGACGACUGGUUCGAGUCGGACGGACAGCGGGAGCUGCGCCAGAUCUUCCAGGGCCAGGGGCAGAUACACGACGUGCUGCGGGACAUCAACAAGAAGGUCGACGAGGUGAUCGGCAAGCAGAUGAACUCGCUGUCGAUGCUGACGGCGGUGUACAGCCAGUCACAAGGACAGCCAGCUCAACCAGUACAGCCGGGACAGCAGGUUCAGAUGCCGUCGCUGCCGAUCGGCCGGCACGACUGGGACGCGCUCGUCGCCAACAACCAGCUCAUGAUCAACACCAUCGCCGAACUCAAAGGGUUCAUAAUCGAAGUGUCGCGCAAGUCUGACAGCCUGCUGGCGGGCGCGGGCGCGGCCGGCGGAGCGGCGGCGGGCGCCGCCAUCAACCCGCAGUUCCUCAACGAGCUGCGCGACUCCGUCAACAACAUCAAGCAGACCGUAGCCACGGUCGCGCAGAGGAUGACGAACCAGCCACAGUUCGUGAAUAACCAGCCGUUGUGCCCGGAGCCGUCGUGCGUCAGCUUCACGGGGCUGCUCGUCGUCGUGGCCGUACAGCUCGCGAUCAUGUUCCUCUACGCCAUGUACAAAGAAAGGAAGGAAGCGCAAGCGAAGAAGUUCUUCUAAAUAAUAUACUGUAGGUAACCGCGCGUUCACAUUGAUGCAACAAAAACUUGGAUACAUAUACUUGCACAAAUACAUCUGCUCAGGCCAGUUUAAAUAGGUUAGGUUUUCGAUUGAAAUUGAACGUAGAACUUUCAUAGUGGGAUAUCUCACUGUCUCUCUCACUCGCCAACGCCAUAGGAGCAGUGACGUCAUAACUUACAAGUACAUUAUCAACCGCGUGAAACCCUUCAAAUUUUUAUUUCUGUCAUAUGAGCGGAUAGUUAUAAAAAAACAAACUUAACGCAUCCAAUACUCAAAUCGACGAUAGCAAUUACUUUUAUGAAAUUGAACACAACAUGGAUCUCAACCGAUGUGCCAAUGAAGAGCCGUGCAGGCUUGUCUACGCGCGUUGUAAUACGCAUCAACGCGCGGUGAACGCGCGCACGGGCUCUCAAGUGUGAACGCGCGGUGUGUAGAAACAAUUUUUUUUACCGAUAAAUGUGAGCGAAAUAGACUUACUUACUGUACAUAAUAUUUAUAAUUCUCUCUCUUCCUCUUUUUUACUAUCAUAUUGCUGGAAACGAAAACUGGGAAGUAUAUGACGAGAUAGUGGUAGGGUUGAAAGGAAUGUUUGAGAUUAAUUUAAUGAAUUAAGUAUCAAAUUAUAUGCUGAAAUUUGAAAGCGUAAAUUAAAGUAUGGGAAGUUAUUGGCUGUCUGAAAUUAUAUAUUUUUGUUUUAAAAUUAUUUAGAAUAAAGUUUCAAGGUAUAUGAGUAGUGUCUUGAUUAUGCCAAAAGUUAUAACAAAAAUUGCCAAAUACCCUGCAUGAAACUUAACGUAAAGUGCGAAGUAAUAUCCCCAGUAAAAAAAAAAAAUCAUUUUAGUGCCUUUUGAAACACAGUGCUGUUUCAAAGCGUCGAAUUUUAAAACAUUUUUAGCUCAAUAUAUCAGUAUGUUACUCAAUUUUCAGCAAUGAAAUGUUAAAUACUUAUUUCCUUUCAGUAAGCUAUAAAGACAGAACAGAACAAAGUUCUUUUAAGAAGCAAAAGAAAGACAUUUAUUCGGAUUUCGUUUCUAGCAAAAUGAUUUAUUAUAUUUUCUGUACGAAUUUACACUUACGGCAUCUAUCGAUGUCGAUAGAUUAUGUUGAAGUAGUUCUCAUUCUAAUCAUGAUAUUAAUCGAUUAAAAAUCGAUAAAGUUUAUCAAUAUGAUCUAUCGAUAUCGAUAACAAAGCCGCAGUCUCGAUGUAUGUGUGUUGAGGUUAAAAUGGUUGUAAGUAAAAGUAUUUUUUGAGA